CAUCAAAUGAGGCGUGUAGCUAGAAUAGCUUAAUCUGUAAUAAAAAAUCGAAUAUUCAAAUCCCUUCAACAAAAGGUUGUAUAUCAAUUUGAUGAUAAUUACAAUAAGUUUUUCAAAGAGAAGAACGAUAAUUUGGUAUAUUUUUAGAUGAGAUUCAGAUCCAUCCUACUUAUACUUCGAAACAUUUUAAAGUGUCAUCAAAUUCAAUCGUAUAAUAUUUGGAGGACAAAAAGAUGGAACACAAAAUAUAAGGAAAGUACGUGUAAGUAAGAUAUUGUCCAUUCUGUCCAAAACAUAAUAUAGAGAAUCCAUCAAAUUAAUUUGUUAUGGGAAUAAACUUAGAAAAGUAAUUAUGAUAAAAAUGUUUAUAGUGGAUCAUAUAAUUGUUUUAGAGCUAGUUGUUAAGCAAAAGGUUCAUGGUUUGAUUUCAAAAAUUUUAUGAAUGGGAAUUUGAAUAAUUCACAAUAAUAAAAUCAUUAGAUUUAAUAACAGCCAAUUUAGAAACUGAAUAUAUUUGAAUAUCACAAAUAUUAUGAGAGAUUAAAACUAUAAGAACCUAAAUUAAUUUAUGAUUAUUUGACAGGAGAUGAUUGGGAAAAUGUAAAAUAUGCCUAUUAUUCACUAGUCAGAAUUAAAGAGGAAUUAGGGAUGAUGUUUUAAAAUUGUAUUUGAUUGGAAUAGAUAUAACUGAAAUAUAUGAUCAUUAAUAAGGAUCUUAUGUAUAGGCUCCCUUAAUUUAUUUUCCAAUGUUUCGAUACAGAAAUUAGAACGAGAAGAAUAAAUUAAUGUAGAAAGCAUUAAGAUAGAAAAAAGAGGAGGUGCUUGGUGAAUAAACAUUAAGUGAAGAAAUUAAAUAGAAUAUAAAAUCAUAAUUAGAUAAUUAAUUUGAUAAUUUUUAAUAUGAAUUGGUGAGUUGCAAAGUCAGAGCAGCAGGAAAAGAGUUAAAACAUAUAUAAAAGAUUGAACCAAUGAAUGCUGCUAAAGGAAUAUUUGGAAUGCAUUUACUAAAAUAAGAUUCUACUCAAGUGAUAAUAACAGAAGGAGAAUUUGAUGCUAUGGCUGCUUAUUAAAUGACAAAUAUACCUGCUAUAUCAUUACCAUAUGGAAUUAAUCAUAUUCCAGCAUAUCUUAUAGAAUGGUAUUAAAAAUUCUUAUAAAUAUUAGGUUAGAUUAAUUUGAGAAAUUAAAUGAUAUAAUAAUAUGGGUAGAUGAUGAUAAUCCUGGUAGAAUUAAUUCUUAAAAGAUCGCUCGUAAACUUGGUAAUGCAAGAACUAGAGUAGUUUAACCUUCUUUAAUUGAUUCUCAUGAUUAUCCUAAAGAUGCUAAUGAUUGUUUAAGAUUUUAUUCAGAUAAAGUAAUGACAUAUAUUGAUUCAUCAAAAUGUUUACUAAAAAAGAAUAUCACUUAAUUUACUGAUUUUAAAUAGUUAACCAAAAAUAGAAUACUAAAUUUUGAAAUGUCAAAAGGAACACAAUCUUAAACAUUUUCAACCUAUAAUAAUACUACAAAAGGUUUAAGAACUGGAGGUAUUACUAAAUUAUUAAAUUAGAAUUUACUAUUCUAACUGGACCAACUGGUAGUGGUAAAACAACCUUUUUGAGUUAAUUAUCUUUAGAUUUCUGUAAGGAAGGUAUUACAACACUUUGGGGUAGUUUCGAAAUUAAAACUGAUAGAUUGGCAGAACAUUAAUUAUUAUAAGCAUACAAAACAGAUUUAAUUAAACAAAAAGAUUUAGUAGAUAUUGCUAUACAAAAAUUUGAAAAUGAAAUUCCAAUAGUAUCUAUUAUGUUUUAUUUAUUAAUUAGUAUUAUAUGAACUUUUAUGGUUCAACUGAUUUAGACUAAAUUAUUGAUACAAUUGAAUAUGCAAUAUAUGAAUACAAUGUUACUCAUGUUUGUUUGGAUAAUUUACAAUUUAUGAUGGGAACAUAAGUAGGAGGAAAUAGAAAAUUUGAUUUUUAAGAUGAAAUCAUAGAAAAGUUUAGAAGAUUAACUAGUAAUAAUGAUAUCCAUCUGACUUUGGUAAUUCAUCCUAGAAAAGUUGAUGAAAAUGAAGAUUUAACUAUUGCAUCUAUAUUUGGUUCAGCAAAAGCCACUUAAGAAGCUGAUAAUGUUUUUAUCAUUUAAAAUAGACCUAGAUAUAGAGUAUUUGAAAUUAAGAAAAAUAGAUAUGAUGGAGAAGUGGGUAGAGUUGGAUUAGGUUUUGAUUCUAAUGUAAAAUCAUUCUUUGAACUUACGUCUGCAGAAGUAAAAGAAUUAAAUGAAGAAAAAACUACAAUUUUAGAUAUAAUAAAUAAAAGAAAAUAAGAGGGUAGACAUUUUAAAUAAGAAAUAACUAUUAAUGAUAAAAAUGGAAAUAAUAAUGGUGGAAAUAAUGAAGGUGGAUCACCAAAUAAUGGAGGAAAUCAAAAUCCAAGUAAUCCCAAAGUUCCUCUAUUAGAUACACCAAAUAUUUCAAAAUUAUUAGAAAACUUCUAAACUGCAGAUUAAAAUGUUUUUAAAGAUUCAAUUGAUGAGGAAGAAGAUCAAAUUGCUUAAUUAGAAAAAUUGGCAGAAUAAUAUGCCAAUUAAGAUAUUGCUUAAAUUAUCAUAAAUGAAAAACCUGUCAAAUUAGCUAUUGAAGAUAUUGAAGAAAUUCAAAAAAUAGAUAAUUUGAAUGAUUCUACUGAUAAUUCAUAAAUAGAUACUUCUAUUCCAAAUAAAGAUAGUAUAAUUAAAGUAGAUAGUUAGAAAAUCAUUAGGGAAUGUGAAAAACGUAUUGAACCAUCAAAUGAUUAUCUAGAAAUUUGGAAAUUCGACUCAGAAAGUGAUUAUGGAUUACAACCAAAAAUUGGAUUAUAUGAAUUUAAAUAGGAAGAGGCUCCAUAAGUUAAUAAUUAAACUCAAUUUAAUAAUUAUGAAUUUACAUUGUCCAAUACUGAUCCAUUAAAUAAAUUUGCUGCCUAGAAAACUAAUAAAGAAUUAGAUUAAAUUUCAUAGAAUGAUGAAUUUUAACCUGUUGAUGAUCAAAUAGAACUAUCUAAUUAAUAUACUAACUAAAAAACAAAAUCUAAAAGGGCUUCUUUUGUUCACAUUGGAUCUAAAAAACCAUCUAAAUAUUAAUUAGAUUUAUGA